AUUCAGAAUAACAUAGAAAACCAUCUUAUUCAUCGAUAGAUACUCAAAGAAAGCUCUAUUAUCCUCUCCGUCUCUCUCUGGCUUAGCCAUGUCAAGAGGAACCGAGCGUCUUGUAAAGAGUGUAAAGCAGUUUGCGGACACCCAAUACAAACACUUAACAUCUCGCUAUGGACAACAAUUGAUUGACAUUUUUGAGUUCCCAAUUAAAGUAGUUUUGUCUCCUUUCACUCUUGCUUUUGACAUUGCCGGUUCUGCUCCUCGUGGCUUUGGUGUCCCUGAACUCAUAUCCAAGCUCUCUUAUCUUUCUGUCUUUGCUGUUGCUACUCUUGGGACCUAUGAUAUUGCUCUGGAACUGGGAAAGAAGGUGAUAUGUCAAAGGAAUUGUCAUACUUGCAAUGGAUGGCAGGCAUUGCGGUGUAAUAUGUGCAGAGGGUCAGGACAGGUGCACUACCAAGUGAGAACUUGCAACUUGAAGAGUGGAGAGAAGGCAACAGCUGAAUGUGUUGCAGAAGCUAUUUCUGACAAUCGGGCGGAGCUGGUGCACCUUCCAUCCACUAUGGAUCUAAACAUGCCUUUGCCAUCAAAAGACUGUCCAACCUGUGAUGGAACGGGUGUGAUGGGCUGUCCUGAAUGCAAACACAAAUUACAAGUCAGGAUCUCUGCAGAUGAUAUCAUGGAACCUCCAUGGAAAGCCUAUAACAUAUUGAAAAAGAUGGACUAUCCGUACGAGCAUAUAGUAGACAGCAUGAAAGAUCCAAGCAUUGCUGCAUUUUGGUUAUUUUCCUUGCCUCAAAUUGUGGGUGGAUUUGACUAUGAUGAUGAUGUCAAGCAAAAGAUUUGGUGGCAGUACAAGGAAUCUAUGAGGUAUGAUCAACUGCGAGAUGUGGUAGCAAAACGAAAACCUGGUUGGGAGUACUUGCAGGAAGCCUUGAUCUCCAUAGAUCCUGUCCGUGCCAGGGAGGAUCCUGUAAUUGUGAAAAAUAUUCCGUAUUACAAGGCCCAAAAGGCACUCGAGGCAGAGGUCAUGAAGUUUGACCCUCCACCACGGCCGCAGAACUGGGGUGAUCUGGAGCUUCCAUUGAAUGCCUCAUUCUGGAGUGAGGAAGACCUUAAAAAUCCAGAAAGUUUCUAUGAGAUGACGGUUCUUCUGAAUGCACAGAGAGAAAUUGCUGACAAAAUUUUGGAUGCACAAUGGGAAAGUAAAUGGCGCCAAGAAAAGUUGAAUGAGCUUUUGGAGGAGAAGGUGCGGCCAUAUAUUCAAAACAGCAAUACUGGGGUCCUUUCCCGGCCUAUCAUAUUACAAUCACAGGAUAAGGAUAAAAAGAGUCGGAGAAGGAGAUGGUGGUUUUUCUGAAGCUGUUUUACCCCUCCCUUUUCGUACGCUGGCCACGCCUCUCAAUGUAGUAUUUGUAGUUCUCCCAAGCUCUCUCUCUUUCUCUCUCCCUCUCUCUCUCUCCAAGUUUUAUGUUUACCCUGUUUGAGGCUGCCGAAGAGGUUUAGUUGUAGCUGUUUGUAUCUGUCUUUCUUUUCGCUCUCAUUUUUGUUUUUACCCUAUUCUUUCAGCGAUUUGGCAACUAUGUUCUGCAGCUGCUAUAGGUUCAUGUGCUCAGAAAACAACUUUGUAAUACGUUUCUCAUGUUCCUUAAGUUUGCCUUGUUUUGUAAUGUGUGUGACAGUUGUUAAAAGAGGCCAAAUUCAUGGUCCUCCACUGAGUGAAGGUACAGUUUUUUUUCUUAAUGGUGAAUUCUUAUCUC